AUGUUAAUACGAAAAUCAAUACAACGAAUAUACCCGUAUUUGGUCAAUAAGACGCCAUUGCGAUUAUCUACUCAGGUCAGAAACCUUAAAAUAUGUAAUAAAGAAACUGACAGGGGCAGGAAAAUAUUAGAGAAUGAAGAAUGGCUAAGAUUUGGUAAUACAAAUAAUUCCAAUAUUCCACCUUAUCAAAGUUCAUCAUUGAAAAAUCAGAAUCAAUUGGAAGAUGUUAGCAAUAGUGCAGAAAAUGGGCAUGUUCUUAACGAACCAAUAGUCUUUAUCUCUAAAUCAGACUUUAAGGAAAAUUGGGAGCUCAAAUUUAUAGAAGCAUCAAGAAUUACAGUACGACAAGUAAAAGGAUUAUUGGUUGAUAAAUAUGAUAUGUUUUCUCCUGAUCAAUUACUGUUAUUGUUCAAAUCUUUGGAAUCUUACCAAGACACUUACAAUAUGCAUGAGCUAUCUGUUAUAUUACUUCCACAAUUGAAUAAAUUCAAUGGUAAUUCUAAGGCAUUUCAAGAACUUCUAGUCACAAUAUUGAGAGUAGAAUAUAAACUAAAAAAAUAUAGAAUUUGUGAACAUUUGUUUUCAGAAUGCAUAAAAUAUCCAAUAAAGAAUCCUGUGAUUUAUAGAAUAGGUUUGAAUUCAUUUAUUGAAAACGAUAAUUUCCACUUAGCAAAUGGAUUCUAUAUACAAGCGCUAGAAAGUCCAGAUAUAUUCCCUCUAACAACAAAAGAACUAUUUUCAUUUCUAUUAAAAUUAUACGAAUUUAAAGACUUAUACUCGAUGGAGCGAAUAUUCAUUCAGUGGCUAAAGAAAAAAUGUGAUAAGAAUACCCCUUCAGAGCAUGAUCCUACAACAAAUAUUCUUUCUUUGAUGCAUAGAGCCUAUAGAAAUUAUGGAACUGAUGGUGAAUUCCAAGAGUUUUUAGAAAAUGAGUAUGUUAAUAAACUUCGAUAUAGUGAAACUUUGCAAUUUAAGUGCACCGAAUUUUUAACUGAUCUUUAUGAAAAAGAAGAAUACGAAAAUGAUAUAACUAAAAAGUACGAAGAUUCAAUAGCACUCUUUGGACUAUUAGAAAAUUUACCAGCUCAAAAAAGAGGAUUUUAUCUGGCAUUAUUGAACUCUGCUGUUAAACACAAUGAUUUCGAAUUCGUAAAACUCUUAUCACAAGAGAUGAAGAAAGAUAAUUUAAUUAACUUUGGAGCCUCAUAUCACUUGAUAGUUUCCGAACAUUUCGCCAAAAAUGGACAUAUCAAUGAACUUUUGACGUACUUUAAUGAACUAGUGCUUCAGCAGGAGGACAGUUGUGUUAGAUUGUCUCCACAACAAGUGCUGACAUUCAGAGACUGUCUAGUCAAGAAAUAUCCUAUAUUAACAAGAGAAAUACAUAAUGAAUUGAAAACUAUAAUUACAAAGCCCGUUUAUUAUGAAAAAAUUGGUUGGACUAUAUCUACUGACAGAGAUCUUUCGAAAUUAAUUUCAUACAGAGCAUUGGGUGGAUCACAAUACAUGGUUCCGUAUCUAAAUCAUGUAGACUACGAUAGAUUUUUGAAUUUCUCAAAAUUAAUAAAAGAGAGGAAAAUAGCAGAGGCCAAAUUAUCUUUGACAGAUAUUUUCCAAAGGAAUUUAAAACCAAGUUUUAACCUUUGUUUUAUGUUGUUUAGAUUGUCUAUUCAGAACAAUUUUAGAAUAUUGGCAACGAUUAUUGAUGAUUAUUUAAGACAAUGUCAAAAUGAUAUACCGAUUAGCAUGAAAUUACUUUGGUUGCGUAAUGAUGUCCUAGGGUCUCAAAAAUCUAUUGCUUCUACAACAGAGACCUCAAAAUUUGGUUUAAAGAACAAGAAAUCUAUGCGUUGGGUAGAAGUCGAAAAUUUUUCAAGGAAUAAUGUCAACAGUUUAAAUUUCACAUCAUAUAUUCAAUUGUCAAAAAUCAGUAUAUUAUUAAAAAAUUACUCGCUUGCAUCAGAAUUUAUAAACAAAGCAUUUUCUAAGAUGGAUAAAAAAAAUGAAAUGAAUUGGGCAUCAUAUUAUCUGGUAUCACUAUGGAAAUCCACUGUAACUUUAAAUCAAAAACAAUUUUUAAAUCAAUUAAAAGAAUGGAAUAAAAAUCAAAAUGGUAAUUUCAUUACCCAAGGACACCUGCGUAGAAUCAAACAAUACAGUACAUUUUUUAGUAAAAGAUCUAAUUAUAUCGAUAACUAUGAUCCAAAUUUAGAUUUUGAAAUUAAACAAGAGGUUGAAUACUUAGCAGAACGUUUUGUUGAUUAUAAAUUUCAAGGUUUAAAUGAUAUUAAGAGAACUUGUGAUAUUUUAGACAAAUGGUUAGAAAAACAAGUAAAUGAAAAAGAACAAAAAUUAAAAUCAAUAAAAGCAUUCAAUAAGAUUAAAUAUAAUAAAAACAAUUGA